GCUGACUGCUCCCCAGUUUCCGUAGGGAAGCGCCUGGCUAUCGCAGCUAUUGUGCUCCACGCUCUCGCCCUCCUCUUCCCGCUUUGGUGCCGGUGGAGGAAGGCUACGUUUCCUUGCCACCCAGGCUUAACCCUUUAGACGCCCAACGGGACAACUAGCCGGUUCCCUGGGACUAGGAGGCUGUCUCAGCAGCGGCCCGGCCGCGGUGGAGCAGCCCGCAGGAGCCACGGAUAGGAGCCACGGAAGCCAGCCAUAGGGAGCCGGCGGUCAGGCUGCCGCUCUGCGAGCGCGGGGUGGAGGCGCUGGCUUUAAGGAGGGGGAGGGGACGGCGCUGUCUGCCUCCCACCGCCCGCCGAGCUCCGCGAAGGAAGCCUGGACUGGCCGGACAGCGCUGCACAGACAGGCGGCCACCGCGCCGGCGCUCACCCCGCCUCCACCCUGCGCGGCCCGGGGCUCAGCGCUGAGCAUCGGGGGAGGCGAUGCCCAGGGGACGUGCUCCUCGCUAGGCUGCGCCCCGCCGGUGUCGGACGGCGUUGGUAGGCGCUCUCAGUCACUCGGAGCCACCGUAGGACUGCGUGUGCCAGCUACACCCCAGCUGGCGCUCCCCGAGUGUCACUGGAACAGAACCAUGGGGCAUCCCCCGCUUGAGUUCAGCGACUGCUACCUAGACAGCCCUGAUUUCCGUGAGAGGCUCAAGUGCUAUGAACAGGAGCUGGAGAGGACCAAUAAAUUCAUCAAAGACGUGAUCAAAGACGGCAAUGCGCUUAUCAACGCUAUGAAAAAUUAUUCCUCAGCUGUUCAGAAAUUCUCCCAGACACUGCAGUCAUUUCAGUUUGAUUUCAUUGGGGACACUCUGACUGAUGAUGAGAUUAAUAUUGCUGAAUCAUUCAAGGAAUUUGCUGAUUUGCUCAAUGAAGUAGAAAAUGAGAGGAUGAUGAUGGUUCAAAAUGCUAGUGACUUGUUGAUCAAGCCUCUGGAAAAUUUCCGGAAGGAGCAAAUAGGUUUCACGAAGGAGCGGAAAAAGAAAUUUGAAAAGGAUGGUGAAAGGUUUUACUCAUUACUGGACCGUCACUUACAUCUAUCAUCCAAAAAGAAGGAAUCUCAGUUACAAGAGGCAGAUCUUCAAGUGGACAAGGAGAGGCACAACUUCUUUGAGUCUUCUCUUGAUUAUGUCUAUCAGAUCCAGGAAGUUCAGGAGGCAAAGAAGUUCAAUAUUGUGGAGCCAGUCUUGGCUUUUCUUCAUAGCCUCUUCAUUUCCAACAGCUUGACUGUGGAACUCACACAGGACUUCCUCCCAUACAAACAGCAGCUCCAGCUCAGUUUACAGAAUACAAGAAAUCAUUUCUCCAGUACCCGGGAAGAGAUGGAAGAACUUAAGAAAAGGAUGAAAGAAGCUCCUCAGACCUGCAAACUUCCGGGACAGCCAACCAUUGAAGGCUAUCUCUACACACAAGAGAAAUGGGCUUUGGGGAUAUCCUGGGUGAAAUACUACUGCCGCUAUGAGAAAGAGACCAAGACACUCACCAUGAUGCCCAUGGAGCAGAAACCAGGUGCUAAGCAGGGACCCUUGGACUUAACUUUGAAGUACUGCGUAAGAAGGAAGACAGAGUCUAUUGACAAGAGGUUCUGUUUUGACAUAGAAACUAUUGAAAGGCCAGGAACCAUCACUCUGCAGGCCCUUUCAGAAGCCAAUAGAAGGCUAUGGAUGGAAGCCAUGGAUGGGAAAGAGCCUAUCUACCACAGCCCUAUAACAAAACAGGAAGAAAUGGAACUGAAUGAAGUGGGGUUCAAGUUUGUUAGGAAGUGCAUUAAUAUUAUUGAGACCAAAGGGAUCAAGACAGAAGGGUUGUACCGCACUGUGGGCAGCAACAUUCAGGUUCAGAAGCUGCUGAAUGCUUUUUUUGAUCCAAAAUGCCCAGGAGAUGUUGAUUUUCAAAAUAGUGACUGGGAUAUUAAGACAAUCACCAGCUCCUUGAAAUUCUACCUCAGGAAUCUUUCGGAACCUGUCAUGACCUAUAAGCUUCACAAAGAGCUUGUCUCUGCUGCCAAAUCUGACAACCUGGAUUACCGUCUGGGAGCUAUUCACUCCCUAGUAUAUAAGCUUCCAGAAAAGAAUCGGGAGAUGCUGGAACUUCUGAUAAGACACUUGGUCAAUGUGUGUGAACACAGCAAAGAGAAUCUCAUGACGCCUUCCAAUAUGGGGGUGAUCUUUGGGCCCACACUGAUGAGAGCCCAAGAGGACACCGUGGCUGCUAUGAUGAACAUCAAAUUUCAGAACAUCGUGGUAGAAAUCCUGAUUGAACACUUUGCCAAGAUCUAUUUAGGUCCACCUGAGGACAGUGUUAUGCCUCCAGUGCCUCCACCUCGAUUGACAGCAAGAAGGCACAAACCAAUCACGAUUUCUAAGCGCUUGCUUCGAGAAAGGACGGUUUUCUACACUUCUUCUCUGGAUGAAAUUGAAGAUGAAAUUCAGCAUCAAACUCCCAAUGGUACUAUCACAAGCAGCCUGGAUCCCCCCAAGCUACCACAAUACCUCAAAUUACCCAUGCAGAGAAGUGGGGAAGCUGACCCUGGAAGGAAAUCCCCAAGCAGGCUUGUUUCUGACUGCCAGUUGGAACCCUGCCCUGAGGUGGACGUUGGAAAGUUGGUGUCUAGAUUGCAGGAUGGAGGGACCAAGGCCACUCCAAAGGCCACCAAUGGACCUGUACCAGUCUCUGGACCCACAAAGACCCCCUCUUUCCAUAUAAAGAGACCAGCUCCCCGGCCUGUGGCUCACCACAAGGAAGGAGAUGCUGACAGUUUCAGCAAAGUGCGGCCUCCAGGAGAAAAACAAACAAUCAUCCGUCCCCCAGUAAGGCCCCCUGACCCUCCCUGCCGGGCAGCUACUCCACAAAAGCCAGAACCAAAGCCAGAUGUUGUAGCUGGCAAUGUAGGGGAAAUCCCAUCAUCUGUGGUGGCAUCCAGGACCAGGUUCUUUGAAACAGCUUCUCGGAAAACUGGAAGUUCUCAAGGCAGACUUCCUGGAGAUGAGAGUUGAGGCCACAGGUUUUAAAGGCCUUGGCCUUGGGGGACCCUUUCCAGGUCUACUUCAAAUUCUUGUGAGCUGAGUCAUUCGUACUGAAGGACAGCUCCUUUCUGGUUGUGCACCUUCAGUCUCUGGGAAGCUAUAAACUAAGGGGCACAUGUCCUAGACAUAUGUUUAUUUCUCCUUUGUAUUUUGUCUUCACCCCCUCAGAAGGUCUGUUGUGAGUAGCUCCUAGGACACUGAAUGACUGGACUCCCUCAAGCACCAAACUCUACUGAAGUGAAAAUACCCGCUGACAUGAGUUGAAAAGGGGAACCUAGUUUUUCACUCUUCUCUGAACGUCUUGUUUCCUCAAAGGUCAUUGAAUUCUGAAUGGUUAUGACUAAAGAUCAAUCUUAGGGGUCUUACCUUGAUCCAAAGGGUACUUGAGUUGGAGCACUUAGAUGGGAGGCAAAUAGGGAUGUUUGCUGAACAUUGGAGAAUUCUGUCAUGUCUCUUUCUGAAGAUAUGGACACUGACUCAUAUCAGGUUGGCAUCCUGGCCCCAUAAUAUGUGAGCACCAUCCUGUGGGAGCAGACAGCAUGGGUGAGUCCCACACAGUGUCCUUCCCCAACAUGGACUUAGGAAGAUGGCCUUCCUGCUCUUGCCUACAGCCUCUGAGGAUAAAUCUAACAAGCAUGUUUUGCAUGUUAAAGCCUAGGCCUAUUUGGAUUAUUGUUCUUCUCAUUUCCAAACCUGAUAGCUUCCUUUUCAUCAAUCAACAAACAAAACUAAACAAAACAACAGUUGAAAACAUUUCUUUCAAA